AUUGUAUCUCGGUGUCAGCCUGACGCUGGAUCGCUGUUGCUUUAUUUUGAAGGAACAGCGGAAGUAGUGUAUCUCUGUCUUAGCCUGACACUGGGUCUACUAGUUUUAUUUUGAAGGAACAGCGGAAGUAGCGUGUCUCUGUGUUAGCCUGACGCUCUGUAGCUGCUGCUGUCUCUGCAUGAAGGAAUGUCGCUGCUCUCUCUGUGUCGGGAUGGAGGCCUGACAGAUGUUCUGAGAUAAAGAUGCCGGGGUUCCUUGUCUCGUUGAAUAACAAUGAUGCUCAGAACAACAUGGUAGUACCCUCCACCUCUGUCCUGCGAUCAAGAGCAUCAAGCCGGAUUUAAGAGACGCACCGCUCGAUAUUCCUUACUUUGGCUUCAGAUCUGCUCCGCAGCAUGGAGCCUUAACUCAGCGAUUCAAAACGCUGUCACACCAUUCAUCCUGCAGUUGUAAGCGACCUCUGUUCUGCUGAGUGCUCCUCUGCAAGCCUGGGAAGCAAAGUCAAGAUGUUUUCAGCGCUGAAGAAGCUGGUGGGAUCCGAGCCGGGGCAGCUCAGGGACAAGAACAUCCCGGCGGGCAUGCAGUCCAUGAACCAGAGUCUGCAGAGGCGCUUCGCCAAAGGGGUUCAGUAUAACAUGAAAAUCGUCAUACGGGGAGACAGAAACACAGGGAAGAGUACUUUAUGGCAUCGACUGCAGGGCAAGAAGUUUGUAGAAGAGUAUCUCCCCACGCAGGAGAUCCAGGCCACCAGUAUCCAUUGGAAUUACAAAACUACUGAUGAUGUGGUCAAAGUAGAAGUGUGGGACGUGGUGGACAAAGGAAAAGGAAAACGGCGUGGAGACAACUUGAAGCUGGAGAAUGAGACUCAAGAGUCAGAUGAGGUGGCCCUUGACGCAGAGUUCCUGGAUGUGUACAAGAACUGUAAUGGGGUCAUCAUGAUGUUCGACAUAACCAAGCAGUGGACCUUUAACUACAUCCUGAGGGAGCUGCCCAAAGUACCCACCCACGUGCCGGUGUGUGUCCUGGGGAACCACAGGGACAUGGGCGAGCAUCGCGUCAUCCUCCCAGAUGAUAUCAGGGAUCUGAUUGCCGGACUGAACAGACCAAUGGGAUCCUCUUACAUCCACUACGCUGAGUCCUCAAUGAAAAACGGGUUUGGCUUGAAAUAUCUGCACAGGUUCUUCAACAUCCCCUUCCUGCAGCUACAGAGAGAGACGCUUCUAAGGCAGCUGGAGACCAACCAGUUAGACAUGGACGCGACGCUUGAGGAGCUGUGUGUCCAGCAGGAGACCGAGGAUCAGAACUAUGAGAUUUUCCUGGAGAACUUGGAGUCUCGCAGUAAGGGCUACGGCUCUCCUGGUCCAGCCAACGGUCAGAGUCCCUCCUCAGGUUCCCAGUCCCCCAUCGUCCCCCCUAGUGGGGCCUCCACAGGCAGCUCCAGCCCCAGCACCCCUCAGCCCCCGAUUCCCUCCCAGGUUAUUCCACAGUCGCCAUCUGUGGCCGCGUCCUCCCCUCCACCGCCACUUUUUAGUGGAGUAGCUUCACCUGCUUUCGAGCCAAGGCCCCCGGCCCAGUCUCCAGAGCACCUUCAGUCCGCAGCGGCAUCCGGAGCGACAGGCCCGCAGAAACGCGGCUUCAUGUCCCGCUGGUUCGGUGCAUCUCCUGCUGCUGAGACUUCUGCUUCUGGAUCAGAGGACGCGUCCGCUCCGGUCUGUCCUUCAAAGGUUCAGAGUGUGGAUGACUUUGUUCCGGAUGAGAGGCUGGAUAAAAGCUUUUUGGAGGACAGCCUGCCCUCCAGGAACAAGGUCCAACAGCCUGGGCCGGCACAGGGAGCGGACAGCGACAGCGAUGGUGAAGGCAGAGGAAACCCCAUGGUGUCUGGAUUCCAAGAUGAACUCGAUCUCGACGACACAGAGCCCAGCCUUCCUCAACCUAAGACCCUGCCCCCGAGUAAAGACAUCACCCUGACCAGUGACGAGGAGGAGGGAGGGCCCGUAGCCCUUACCAUCACACAAGAUCAAGACCUGGACAGCGAGCCUGAGCUGAAAGCGCCUGCAAUCCACAUCACAAAGCCAAAGGUGGCAUCAAAACCUCCAGAGCUAAAGGUCCAGACCGCAGCACCCAUCUCCCUCACCCUGACUCCUGCAGCGGAGCAGCCCACCACCCGGCACCAAGGCAAGAAGAAGGGAGGCACCCCGAAAGGAGAUGACUCUGAUACAGAUCCUGAGGCUCCUGUAGCCCAUCAGAUGCUCUCCUUCAUCAUGGACGACCCCGACUUUGAGUCAGAAGCUGCAGAUACACCAAAAAAAGCGAAGGACAUAUUCCCCGUCCGAGAUGAGCUUCUGUCCGACCUCUCUGAUGAUGACCUGCAGCUAGCCAAGGUGCCAGAACCUCUGAAGCCCACCUUGAUCUCCUUCAAACACAAGGACGACACUGACCUGUUCGGCCUCGGCAUCCAGGAGGAGGCUGCUCCGGCCAAAGACAGCAGCGAGGAGCAGGACGACGGGAAACACUCCUCCAAAGACAAGAAGAAGAAGAAGAAGAAGAGCAAAGAGGAGGACGACAAGAACAAAAAGAAACACAAACACAAGAAGAAAGAAAAGGACGAGGUCGCGCCCGUGGACGAGAAAGAGAAGAAGAAGAAGAAGUCCCGGCCCAAGAAAACAGACGUGGACGAGCUGGAGGACUUCCUGGGCGGAGGAGCGGGCUCGGUGAAAAGAGACGACGGCGAUUAUGAGGAACUAUAAAAAGGCGUCUGCUGUGGCGAGGUUCAACGAGCCGCCGCAGAACCGCAGAGACGUGUUGUUGCUUCAAAACCUCCUGGUUCCUCGACGAGCAGAAAGCAGCAUCAAGCCAUACGCAAUACACACGGCUUCUGAUGGUCCUGAACCACGGACUCUGGUCCCCGUUUGUUUCUUGAUUGAUUUCCCAUCUGCACUACUGCUAUCACUUCCAUUCCAACCAAUGAGAGACAUCGGGGAGACCCACGAGUACUGUAGUGAAUCCUAAUGAUUGGCGGAGCCUCUGAUUGGCUCUUCGUACUUUGACUUUUUUCUUAAUGUCUUCUUUGAUUUGAUACACUCUGUAAGUGAUCCACUCCAAAUCUCCUGCUGUAAAUACGAUUCCAUGUGUCUGAGUAUUUGGUGGAUGUUAAUGAUGAACGAGCGCAUGCUAAACGUGACGACUGGCUCUGUAGAGACUCCGUAGUGUUCUGUCUUCUCUUCUUUUCUUCGUGUUGGCUCGAUGGUUGAUGGCAGAUUUUAGUCUUGUGUCUAGUUUGAACUUUACUGUCGUGAACUUUGCCCUCUAAGACAAACAAGAUACUCCCUCUUAUAGUGCGUCGACAGUAAGCUCGCACAAACAUCCCCCUUUGAUUGAGUCUCUGUUUACUCUGCAGCAGCUUUUAUCUGAGCUGGAAACACAUCUUACAAAAAGAGGAUUUAACCAGGCCUCAAAUAAUGUUGUGCGUUUCUGCCCGACCAAGAGAAACAUGUUGUUUCCACUUGCGCCCCACGCCACACUCCUACAACGUCACAUGUUCAACUGAAGCUCACCUGAUUAUCAGAGAGGAAGUAAGUUAAGGCUGAUUUCUACGCAGAGGCCCACGCACGUAGCUGACGUGCACCUCCUCCAAAAUGUAACUACACAAACGAGUCAACACGGGCCGCAAGCCCUCUGAUUGGUCAAUUCGGCAGCAUUGUAUUUCCCGCAUUUACACAUAGACUGUAUGAAAUAUGGACGUAGUAUCCGUGACGUCACCCAUCUGUUCCUGAGAGCUGUUUUGAAGCCAUUCAUCGGCGGCAGCCAUAUUGGAAAUGCGGAACUCAAUCAGUCAUAGUGUGACGUAAAGAGGCGGGGUUUGAGCCUCCUAGCUAACAGCUAUGUGUUCCCGACUGGGAGUCAGGUCAGUCAUGUCCUUAUUUUGGCAAAACUCGUAAUCUUAAUAUCUUCUGAACCGUCACGUUAGAAAUAAAUUCACUCCUGUACAGUGUGUGCCGAUUGAGAGAUUAGCUUCGUAGGGCCAAGCCGUCUUUCGGUCAGUCUCCGAUCCGUCACGGCACCGGAUCUGAUAGGUUUCUGUUCUAUACAAUGUGUUAACUUCCUCUGGAUCCGCUCCGUUGAGUUCCGGCUGUGUCUCUGAUCCGGCAGGUUGGAGUCCUCCGGAUCAGAUACGCAAGACUUCUAUUUCUGCCGGAUGCCGGAGCACGACGCAUCAAUCUCAACAGAGCAGAGGGAGCGGGACAGGAAGUCAGGCACCUUUCAGAAUAAAACACUCUGAUCAUUUUUAACUUAACUAUGACAACAAAAUGUCCUCUACAAUAGAAACCUCUGAAUGAUGCAGCCUGGGAACAGAUCUAAAGAGAUGUGAGUGUCUGGUCUGAUUCGCUUCCACUCAGCUGAUGAAUCAGAUCCUUGACGUUUUGGAAGCGGCCCUUUUCUCCUUCAGAGUGAGGACCACUUCGCUUCAGAGCAUUUUUAGAAAUCAGUUGAGCUGGUGUUAGCAUAUCUUGGUCUGUUAAUGACAUCAGCUGUUAAGAAGUCACUCAAGUUAUUUCCUCUAAUGGCCCAAACAUCCAGUGAAGUCCCCCGUCCCUCUCCGUGGUCGUCCCUUCACACAGUUCAUCCUCCUCUUCAUUUCUGCGUUUGCCUUAACGGAGUUUUGCUACAAGGGAAUGAUGCGCAGCUGUCCUCAUGAACCGUCUAAGUGUUCUUACUGUAAAGUGUUGGGGAGCUCUGUGGGGGGUUCAGAAUGUGGUUCGCCUUCCUCUUAAUGAAACAGGAUCUCUGUGUGAAGCCUGCAGUGAAUCAGUGGCUUGUUGUUUGUUUGAUUCUCAUUGGACAGCAAAGCCCCAUCCAGUCAAGGAGUUCUAAUGAAACCCUGCUUGUGCUUCUCUUUGUUUUAUCGUUUUGUUAUUUAUUGCUUCUGUGUGAGUUGUGCUGAAUUUGUCCCCCAAACCUCCUCCUCCAGCGGUCUCCUCCCACUGCUGGUGAUGAACGUCUCCACUUUGACUCCACGGUGUGUCCGCUGCUUCAGAUUGCCGGCUCACCAUAAGCAGAUGAUGUGCAGUGUCUUCCUUGCUUCAGAGGAGUGGAGCAUCGUAGAGAGCUGAUGUGUAUUUUUAGACAUGUUUUGACAGAUUUCAUACAGUUUUCCAUCUCACUGUCCAACGGUUACCAACAAAUCAUGUUUGAUUCUCCAAAGUUGAAACUAUGCAGCAUUGAUCCUGAACACUGUACGCUCUCUUUCUGUCGUCUGUCAUGUGAUUGAGGAUAAAUGCUGUCAGCACAGUUUCAAGUAAAGCAUGAGACUUCAAUGUACAGCAAGAAAAGAAUGUAUAAAGUAUAUGAAUAGAUCUAUAUAUUUGAAGGGCUUUCUUCCAAAAAUGAAAUGUGCACCAGGUGGAAAAUAUUGUUGAUCCAAGGACAGAGAGUGACAUCUGAACAUCAGGAUGAGGGAUUUUUUGGAACGAAGCCCUUCAUUUAUUUUUCACCCCAUGUCAUGUUCCAUCUUUACACUGUGUGAGUUUGCCUGUUUGGUUUGUCCAAUAAAUGCAAACUUAUUUCUUCAUAAA